AUGCCUCGAUGGUGCACUGGCUUUGACAUGGAUUGCGGCAGCGAUGCGCGGCCCUGCAUGUUUGCGCUUGAUGGCCUAGGGCAGACUGCGCAAAUCAAGAGCACAAGUGACAAAUGCAUCUUCUGCAGCCCAGAGGGCAUGCGCAAAGCUGUUGCAACACCUCAAGGCGUUGGCAGUGUCGUUCGCGCACUGAAGAAGUGGCGGGGUAUGAGCUCGCCAAUUUAUGACCUGGCUUUCGAACACAGCUCGCUGACCACCUUGCCAGCAACCCAGCUGGAAGCUUUGCGCGGCAACAGCACAUUUGCUGUCCGCAAGUCCAACCGGGAGCAACCUUCUCCCUCGACAAAGCGCAGCAAGAAGCGAGCGGUGGCACAAUGGAAGAAAAUGGCUUGGCGUCGCAACAAGCUUGGUAGAUUGCACCGCUACACUGCAUCAUUGAAGAGAACCCAUGAAAAUCGCACUCAACAAUGGGAUCGAAUCGCGAAGGAGAACCCGAAGUUGUGGUUUUGGGCGAACUUUCGCAUGAAUGGAGGCUUCUACGGCGACAACUACGCCAACGCCGUGCUCCGUGAAUAUUCCCGACUGCAGAACGAAGAUCCCUUCAUCGAGGAUGCAUUCCUGCGAAGCUUUCACAAGUCUUGCCCCACAUGUGGCAAAUCCUUCAGAGGUCACGGUCAUGGGUAUUGCCCGACAGCUACUUGCCGGGAGUCUUUGGAAGCCAAUCGAAACCGCCGUAAGAGCUUGAAGAAAUGGCUCAUGAAGCGGGUUGAGGGCGACAUCUCAAUGGGCCCACCAUUCAAUGACGAACUUUGUGCAUGGGCGAGUCGUGAAGGCUACUUUGAACGUCAUGACAUGUAG